AAGCGAUUGGAGAGUGAGCAGUAGGCGGAAGUUAAGUAACCCCCGAGAGCAAGGAAGAACAGCUUAGCCAAGGGAUCUCUGACCUGGCUCGGCCUGACCACCUCCAGCUACCUGUUUAAAGGGACUCUUGGUUGAGUACCCCUUGAACCAUGAUCCACAGCUUGUUCCUCAUUAACUCCUCCGGGGACAUCUUCUUGGAGAAGCACUGGAAGAGUGUGGUGAGCCGUUCUGUUUGCGACUAUUUCUUCGAGGCGCAGGAGAAGGCGAAUGAGUCGGAGAACGUACCCCCAGUAAUCCCCACUCCACAUCACUUCUUGAUCAGCGUCUAUCGCGAUCGUAUCUUCUUCGUGGCUGUGAUCCAGAGUGAGGUGCCGCCACUGUUUGUCAUCGAGUUCCUCCAUCGGGUAGUUGACACGUUUCAGGACUAUUUUGGAACCUGUUCAGAGGUGGCAAUCAAAGACAAUGUUGUGGUUGUGUAUGAGGUGCUGGAAGAGAUGUUGGACAAUGGCUUCCCAUUGGCAACUGAGUCUAAUAUUUUAAAGGAGCUAAUCAGACCUCCCACUAUUCUCCGUACUGUUGUGAACACCAUCACUGGUAGUACCAAUGUUGGGGACCAUCUUCCCACAGGACAGCUCUCUGUGGUGCCCUGGCGCCGUACAGGAGUGAGGUAUGCUAACAAUGAAGCCUACUUUGAUGUGGUGGAAGAGAUUGAUGCCAUCAUUGACAAAUCAGGUUCAACAGUAUUUGCCGAAAUACAGGGAGUUAUUGAUGCCUGUGUGAAGCUGACUGGAAUGCCAGAUCUCACCCUGUCAUUCAUGAAUCCUCGACUCUUGGAUGAUGUCAGUUUCCAUCCUUGUGUACGUUUCAAACGUUGGGAGUCAGAACGAAUUCUUUCCUUUAUACCACCUGAUGGCAAUUUUCGCCUCCUGUCCUAUCACGUCAGUUCCCAGAAUUUGGUUGCCAUUCCUGUUUAUGUAAAACACAGCAUCACCUUCCGGGACGGCAGUUCCAUGGGGCGGUUUGAAAUCACUAUUGGCCCAAAACAAACAAUGGGAAAGAUGGUGGAAGGUAUGGUGGUGACCAGCCAGCUGCCAAAGGUGGUUCUGAACAUGAAUCUCACCUCCACACAAGGAAACUAUACCUUUGACCCAGUCACUAAGAUGCUGUCAUGGGAUAUUGGGAAGAUAAACCCGCAGAAGCUGCCCAGCCUGAAGGGCUCCAUGAGCCUGCAGGCAGGGACACCCAAGCCGGAUGAGAACCCCAGCAUUAACAUCCAGUUCAAAAUCCAGCAACUGGCCAUUUCAGGUUUGAAGGUAAAUCGACUGGACAUGUAUGGUGAGAAAUAUAAACCAUUCAAAGGCAUCAAGUACAUGACAAAAGCUGGAAAAUUCCAAGUCCGAACGUAAUAACUGUUCUGAAGUCACAUGUUGCAGCAGCAAAACUUUCUUUCCUUAACUGUUUGCUUACCAAUGGAAUGUUCCUCUUUUUGUUGUGUGUUGUGUUGGUAUCAAUACAACCAACUUGCAUGGUGAAUCAUGUCUCAAGGACUUCAGAACUGAAAUCUCGAUGUUAACCUACAAUGUUCUUGGCGUGAGCCAAAGGUUUUAGACUUGAUAUGCCCAAUGGUAAAGUUUGUUAGUCUCCCUCAUUUAAGGAGUACAGUUCAUCAUCAACUAGCCUGUCUUCAAAUAAAGUGUUAUCACUUAAAUAUAAUUAGAAACUAUCAUUAUCCGGGAUAAGAUAAAAGCUGAAAAUUUGCCACAUGGUGCUAGUUUUGCAUCAUAGAAGUACACAGAAAGCACUGUUAUGGAAAGCAGUAUUACUGUGUUGCAUUGUAUCUCAAGAAACCGUUGCAUUUGAUCAGAUUUGGCAUUGUAAUUUUGCAUCGUCAUUAUUUCAAAUAAUUUAUUGUGAUAAUUUUGUUUUGUACUGUUACUGCCCAUCAAAAGGACAUGUUGAUUUUUCACAUGACCUUUUUUACUUAUUGCAUGUUUCCUAAUUGUUGAAUGGCUCUUGCUGUUCAUGAGAGGAAAACUGAUAUUUCAGUAUUCAGUUAGCCUAAAUACCUGGUGUGCACACAUCCUAAGGCACACAGUCUGAAACUGUCCGUUUGUGUCCUUACAUAAAUUAAGUAUAAUAGAGUGCAGUACUGCAUUCUCUGUUGACCUUUUAUGAAGUGGCUGUCAGUAUUUUCUGUGCUGCAAUGAAGUGCUGCAAGGUUAUUUCUUAGAUCAGUUUUCCAAACACAUUUUAUUUUAACAUUUUCCUGGCCAUGCCUGUACACAAUCCGUUUAAAAAGUAUUGCGUUGCCAUCUAUUCAUGUCCCUAAUGUCUGUGGGAUAAGUCUUUUGUAGUAACUAAAAUUAUUGAAGUAUCUUUAUACUCUGUGAUUGGAACAUUUAGUAUUUAAAUAGGUAUAUUGUUAGUCAGCACCAUUUAAGAUCAUCUUAGUAAUUAAAUAAGGCAAGGUGAACAUCUCUUAGAAAAACAGUUGAAGUUCCUGAACUUGAAUGACUUGCAUAUUUACAUGAUUUUCCCACCCUUAGCCUUUCCUGACUUUCAACAUUUUCACAUGCAACAAUGAUUCAUGGAUAAGUGUGUCUUAUCCUGAUUUUUAGCACGCUGUUGUUUACCACUCUGAUUUGAGGUGCAGCUGGUAAUGGGCUAAGCAGGUAACAUCUUAAUUAUGGAACACCAUUUGGCACCAAUCAAUUAUGCUAAGGUUAAAAUUUGAGUAAGUAACAACAUGUACUGAUACUCAACUGUUGAGAAUGCACAGAACAAAUUGUCUCCUUGUUCUCACCAGCCACCCACUUCUCCCUAGCAUGCAAUGUUAACCGUACAAAGGGGAAUGAUGAUGGAUUGUUUUGCUUUUUCUCCCCCCUCACACGUUGCUUUGUGAAAAUGCUAAAAUUUUGAAAUCUGCUGCUGUAAGAAGACAGAUCUUGCAGUCUCACAGUUCACUUUUUUUAUUAAUGGUUACUCUCUUGCUCCACAAUUGUGUGAAGUUCAACAUUUGAAAAUAUUUAACCCCGUUGAUGCAAACAACUGAAUUCAACACUGGGGACCACGACUAACUGAAUUUGACAAGAAACUGGGAGACAGAAAACAUUCAAUCCAAACUGAUGACAUAAGAAAGCAAAAUAGACACUUAUUCCCUCUUUUUCUUCAUCAUAUUCAUGAUGAAGGCUGAACUUUUUAUAUUUGGUUAAUGUUACUAUGUUGAGUUCCCAAUAAAACAAAGUAGAUGCAACUAUUUGAAAGUGUAGUACAGGUUCGCAUGUAACAGACACCAAAUUGGUCAAUACUAUUACCUCAUUGUGUUCUUUUGGGAGACUUGGGCCUUGCAGGUAGUACAAUGUUUUAAUUUAUUUUCUCUAAGUAUUUGGACAUAUUUAAUAGAAUAAAUACUGCUGCAAUCUCCCACUGGGUAAUGUUAAUACAUAGUAUGAUUCUAUCGUGGAUCAGAUAAUUUUGCUUGACAAGUGUAUCUGUUGGUAUUUAGCAUUAAACGCAGUAAAACAUUGUUACAACAAAA